GCUCGGACCGGCGGGGAAGAUGGCGUCUGCCGUGCUGGUGCUGGUGGUUGCGGCACGCCCGGCAGCCCAGGAACUGCUUCGAAACUGGUGGCAGCUAUUGCGACGGCAGCUUCAGCGGAACCGGCCAGGCAUUCCCGGUCCUCCGUGGGGACCAGCAUUAGCAGUCCAGGGUCCAGCCAUAUUCACAGAGCAAGCAAAUGAUACCAGUGGAAGCAAGGCAAAUUCCAGCCUUUUGGAUAGUAUCUUUUGGAUGGCAGCUCCCAAAAAGAGACGCAGCAUUGAAGUUAACCGGUGUAGAAGAAGAAACCCUCAAAAGCUUAUUAAAGUUAAGAACAAUAUAGAUAUUUGUCCUGAAUGUGGCCACCUGAAACAGAAACACGUACUUUGCGGCUAUUGCUAUGAGAAGGUGCGCAAGGAGACUGCAGAAAUCAGACGACAGAUAGGGAAACAAGAAGGGGGACCUUUUAAGGCUCCCACCGUAGAGACUAUGGUGCUGUACACGGGAGAGACACUAUCUGAACAGGAUCAGGGAAAGAGGAUCAUUGAACGAGACAGGAAGCGACCAUCCUGGUUUACCCAGAAUUGACACCAAAGAUGUUUAAAGAAGAUAACUUCACAGUAAAACAUUUCGCCUGAAAGAGGAAAAUUCUUUGUUUCCAUGUUGUUGCUGUGCUUCUUUUUAAAUCAUAAAUGUAGUUUAAGCUAUUCCUUCCUUAUAAGUAGUUAGGUUUGUGUGGGAUAAUUUGAAGAAUAUAUCAUGAGUAAAUUCUGAAAAUGUUUGUUUAUGCAAAGGCUCAGUGGAUUAAUAUAUCUGUUUCUACCACACUAUAAGGUUUUAAAUAAACAUAAAAUUUGCAGAAUAAUAAUAAAUCAAAAGAUUUAAAAUUCAAACCAAGAAUUGUAUGUUUUGGUUCUGGUUUUGUUUGCCAGUGGUUUUUCUUAAAUAAAAAUAUUUAACCCAAAUAUUUUCAUUUAAGUAA